CUCAUCCAUUCUAAUAGACGAAUGAUGAGAGGCCUGGGGGGCGGAGCCCGAAGCCACCAGGUUCUGUAGUUCCCCGGGCGCCCGGCUCCCUCGCGUUAGUCUUGCUGUGUUGUGAUCACGUGGCCGACUUCGGGCGCGGCGCUUGUUUUGGUUUUUCUUUAGCUUGCCUCUGGAAGCUUUGGGGUGAACAAUUUUCCUGCCCCGGUUGCCGUGCCUGCCUACAUCCAGACCUCUUCUUCGGGCUCUCUUAGCCCGCAGUUCUGCAUGCCCCUUGGGGCGGGUUCCUGCCAUGCCGUUGGUCCGCUACAGGAAAGUGGUCAUCCUCGGAUACCGCUCUGUAGGGAAGACAUCUUUGGCACAUCAAUUUGUGAAAGGCGAGUUUUUGGAAGGCUAUGAUCCUACAGUGGAGAAUACUUACAGCAAGAUAGUGACUCUUGGCAAAGAUGAGUUUCACCUACACCUGGUGGACACAGCAGGGCAGGAUGAGUACAGCAUUUUGCCCUAUUCAUUCAUCAUUGGGGUCCAUGGUUAUGUCCUUGUGUAUUCUGUCACCUCUCUACAUAGCUUCCAAGUCAUUGAGAGUCUGUACCAAAAGCUACAUGAAGGGCAUGGGAAAACCCGGCUGCCAGUGGUGCUAGUGGGGAACAAGGCAGAUCUCUCUCCAGACAGAGAGGUACAGGCAGUUGAAGGGAAGAAAUUAGCAGAGUCCUGGGGUGCGACAUUUAUGGAGUCAUCUGCUCGAGAGACUCAGCUGACUCAAGGCAUCUUCACAAAAGUCAUCCAGGAGAUUGCUCGUGUGGAGAAUUCCUAUGGGCAAGAGCGACGAUGCCGUCUCAUGUGAGCCCUUGGGUGUGGGGUAACUCCCUUGUUGCUGCCUCUAGCACUUGCUGGGUUCCACUGGGGGACAGACCCUCUGGACUUCAUGGAUAGCUGCCAGCUAUUCCUAGCCCUCUGGGCACACAGUGUGGUACCUCAUAUUUGCACAAUUUCCACAGGCUCCAGUGGCCUGGGUGUCAAUGUUUACAAAGGGCAAGGAUGUCUCAUGGGCACUGGCCUCUCUAGACCCUUUUUUCCUCUAAAUGAAUUCUCUUAGAACCUGUGGGUUGGUAUAUGAGUCCUGGGCAUUGUUUAUCCAGGACUCAUCCUCCUGUAUAGGUUUUUGGUGUUGCCUGGGCAAGAAGAGCUGGGGACUCCUGAAGAAGAGUUGGCUCCCUGGUGUGACAAUGUAUAUAUGCAAAUAAACUGAGAAAUCUUUA